UUUAUCACUUUUCUUGUUUGUCAAAAGCUUCACAUUAGCUUUUUGCAGUUUUUUCCUUUUUAAUAAUAUUCACCAAGAUAUACCUGAUCAUCUUUCCCAAGAAAAUGAACUCUAUAAAUGACCUUAACCAGUUCAAUACUACUGAAGUACUGAGCUUGCAGAAUAGGAAACCUUCCCCACUGUCUUCAGAGAAGAAAAAGAAGUGCCAGAAGCAAGGUAACAGAAGAAGAACAUGAAAGGACAAUUACUUGGCUGUCUCUUCUUCUUCAUGAUCAUAACUUACAAAGCUGAUUCAUACUCGGUACGUGAAAGCACUUUCACUGCAGAAGCCCGAGGAUGCGGCCUUCAGAUGGAUGCAAAGCAGCUCAAAAAUGUAAAUGGAAUGGUGGUGGAAUCAGGGAGAGAAGGGAAUGAAGAAGUGUUCAAUAAGGAAGUGUUGCAAGAAACAAUUCAUAAAGGAAAGGGGGCUUAUGGAGGUGCAGAUCUCCUUCGUCAACACCAUACUCGCUCAGCCGCAACAUACCCCUUCCUAGUUAGACCACUCUUGUCAACAAUUGGGCAUAUUAUGAUAGGAUAUGUGCUGCUUGUUGGUUUCUUUUGAUGGUUUGAGAUGAUUUUAUGAAGAUGAACACAAACAAGAGCUCAGUGAUCGUUAUGAUUAAUGGCAAUUAGUCAUGGAUGUACUAUUAUGUAAUGAAUUAUAGUACUUCGUUUUUUUUUUUUUUUAA